CUUGACGUGUCAGAUUGCCUGUGACGGCAGAGAGAAGUUUCCGAGUGCGAUAUGUGUACAGUACUUUGAAAGCAUGCGAAGAAUAUUGCGAUAUUAGUUUUUGCGCUGCUGAAGUCAUGCUGCGUUUGGGCAGGUCGAAAUGCAGUGGAAACGAAAUUUCGGCGGCCUCGCCUUUAGCUUCUUUUUUAUUGUGUCGUAUUUCACAAAUAAGUUUGUCCUGUCUGUAAUGAAAUUCACCUACCCAACUUUAUUUCAAGGAUGGCAGACAUUUAUCGGGGCGCUCCUGCUCCUGCUUUCUGGCAAGCUGGGAUGGGUGGAAAUGAGCCGCAUCUCCAGAUCGGCUGCCUUUGCCUGGUUUCCAGGCUCCCUCCUGUUUGUAGGAAACAUUUACGCAGGCUCCAGAGCUCUAUCACGUCUCGAGAUUCCUUUCUUCUUCACCCUGCAGAACUCCUCUCAUGUCGUUAGUUAUGUCAUCUCGAAGGCUGUUCAUAGAGAGAAAAUUGAAUGGCUGAAAUUUAUGAGUGUAUGUCUCAUGCUAAUUUCAGCCAUCAACCUCCCUGCCUAUGAUCCCCAGUUUGACUUCACCGGUUACAUGUGGGCCAUCGCUCAUCUAGUCUGUGUCGGGGCUUACAGGGUGUUUCAAGUUCACUACAAAUCCAGUAAUUUGAGCGACAUUGAGCAGCAAUGUGUGAACUACUUGUUCAGCGUUCUGCUUCUGGCAAUGGCCGCUCACCCAACAGGUGACCUCAUGAGUGCCUUGGAGUUCCCCUCCCUUCAGUCCUACUCCUUUCGCGGGGGCUGCUGUGCAAGUGCCUUGCUGGGCUUCUUGCUGCUUUUGGCCACCGUCAAACUAAAAAGUGGUUUGUCUCUCCAGCACUUUGCAGUGUGGAUUUUUAUGGCCAAGGUUACUGCCAUGUUCCUGUCACCUCUUAUUUUCUAUAUGGACAUGAAUACCCCAUCGAUGAUUUGUAUGGCGGUCAGUCAUGUGAGCGAGGCUUUGCUGGUGUAUUUCGAGAGAGAAAUGUCAGCACAUCCGGACAGACCAAAAACCUACACUUCCUCAACAAACGUUUAGGUCAUUUAAGCUGUGUUUUAAUAUUUGUAUUUGCUUUUUUGUUGCUGUGAUAAGCUGAAGACCAAAUAAAAUAUUUGUUCACAUA